UUUUUUUUCAUUAUUUUUUCUUCUUUUUCAAAUGGACAUUGAUCUCUCUGAUUCAGACUUGCGGUUCGAGCAAGAAGUGUCGCGCACACCGUACAAGCUGUCGGUUUGGCAGCGGUACAUUUCGCACAAGGAGCUCGAGCAGGCAGAGAGCAGCACCGGCAAUGCUGGCAGCAGCAGCAAUGCUGGCAGCAGCAGCAGCAGCAGCAGCAGCAGCACCAGCAGCAGCAGCACCACCACCACCACCACCACCACCACCACCACCACCACCAAAACCACUACCACCGCCACCGCCACCGCCCAGCGCUCCGUAUUCAUACUCUACGAGCGGGCGCUCCAGCGGCUUCCAGGAUCGUACAAGCUGUGGAAGCAGUACCUCGACAGGCGCCGCUCCGCCCUGCGCGGCAAAAACCCCCUGCACCACACAGAGCACUUCGCCAAAGUCAACCUGUGCUACGAGCGCGCCCUCCUGCUCCUCCACCGGAUGCCCAGGCUCUGGCUGGACUACGGCGCGUUCCUUGCGGUGCAGCCGGACGUCAGCGCGUGCCGGCGCGCGUACGACCGCGCGCUGCGGGCCGUGGCGGUGACGCAGCACGGGCGCGUCUGGGACGCGUACCUGCGGUUCGCCAGGGCCGUGGGCGGCGUGGCGUGCGAGCGCGUGUGGGCGCGGUGGGUCGGCAUGUGGCCGCAGGGCAGGGCGCGGUUCGCCAGCACGUGCAUGGCCGCCGGGCUGUGGGCGCGCGCGGCGCAGAUGCUGGUCGACGACCUGGGCGCGCACGCGCGCAGCGCCAACGGCGAGGCGUGGGCGCAGCUCGUGCGGCUGGUGCGCGCGCACCCGGGCGUGCUGGGCGGCCGCACCGAGCCGGUGCUGCGCGACGGCGCGCGGGCCGCCGUGGCGGCGAUGGCGCGCGAGCGCGUCGGGGAGCGCGCCGCCGAGCUGUGGCUGGCGUACGCCGCGUGGGCCGAGGGCCAGGGCGGCGCCGCGGCCGCGCGGCCGGUGCUGGACCGCGCGGUCGCGGCGCCGCUCGGCUCGGCCGACGCGCUGGCCGGCGUCUACGUGCACUACGCCGAGCGCGAGCUCGCGUGGGACGCCAGCGGCGACGGCGCGCGCCGCGUGCUCACGCGCGCCACGGCCGAGCCGCCGUGCGCGCCCGGCGAGCGCGCCGGCCACGACGCGCUCCAGCCGCAGCGGCGCGUCCACCGCAGCCGCCGGCUGUGGGCGCUGCUGGUCGACAUCGAGGAGGCCGGCGGCCGCGUGGCGGCGGCGCGCGCGGCGUACGACCGCAUGCUCGACCUGCGCGUGGCCACGGCGCAGACGGUCGUCGACUACGCGGCGCUGCUCGAGGCGCACGGGUUCUUCGAGGACAGCUUCCGCGCGUACGAGCGCGGCAUCGCGCUGUUCGGCUACCCGGUGGCCGUCGAGCUGUGGGGCGUGUACCUGCGGCGCUUCGCGGCGCGCUACGGCGGCGCCAAGCUGGAGCGCGCGCGCGACCUGUACGAGCAGGCGCUCGCCGCGUGCCCCGCGGCGUACGCGCGGCCGCUGUUCGUGGCGUACGGCCGCAUGGAGGAGCAGCACGGGCUGGCGCGGCGCGCGCUGCGCGUGUACGCGCGCGCCACGCGUGCCGUUGGCGACCGGCUCGAGAUGUUCCGCUUCUACGCGGCGCGCACCGCCGCGCUGCUGGGCGUGCCGGCCGUGCGCGCCGUGUACGAGCGCGGCAUCGCCGAGCUUGCCGACGCCGACGCGCUGGCGCUGGCGCUGGACUUUGCGCAGGCCGAGCGGCAGCUGGGCGAGGUCGACCGCGCGCGCGCGCUGUACGCGUACGCGGCGCAGCUCGCCGACCCGCGCGCGAGCCCCGACGCGUGGGGCCGGUGGCACGCGUUCGAGGUCGUGUGCGGCAACGAGGAGACGUUCAGGGAGAUGCUCAGGGCGAAGCGCGUCGCCGUGGCGCGCUUCGCCGGCGACGCGGGCAGCAUGGCCAAGGCCGAGGUCGCCCGUGCGGGCAAGCGGCGCGCUGCGGAGGGCGCUGCGGCCGCGGCCGACGCGGGGCGCGUGCUGGCGGCCAACCCUGACGAGGUGGCCAUGGAGAUGGACGAUGACGACGGCGACCUGUGAAAAGAGGGAAGGGGAUUAGCGCCGAUGCCGAAUGGCCGCCCGCUCCCCUCUCUCCUUUUCUGGCUCUUGAUUAAACUUCCAUUUUUCAUUUUUACCCUAGCCAAGCCAAUUCAGUCCAGUCCAGCCCAGCUCAGUUCAGCUCAGUUCAAUUCAUUCCAAUCCAAUCCAAUCCAAUUC